UUCUUUUUCUCUUCUCUGCUCUUCUUCUUCUCUCUUCUCCCUUUCUCUGGAUCUCUUCAGCUGUUGCUCAGGAGAAGCGGAGAGGGAUUGGAAGAGAGAGUGAUGUUGCUUGGGAAAAGGAACAGGGCUAAGAUGGGGAGGGCGACGAGCAUGGGUGAGAUUUCGCCGGCUGUGGUCGCCGAGCAGGUCUUGCGGGACCCACAGCCGCCGCAGCCGAGGAACGAAGAUGGAGGGCAGCUUAUCCAGGGUGCGCAGAGGAGGACCAUUGCCGAGUUGCCGGCGGAGCCGAUCUCCAGCUUCCUCAAGGCCUGCCAGCUCUGCAGACGCCGGCUUGUUGCCGGACGGGACAUCUUCAUGUAUAGGGGAGACAUGGCUUUCUGCAGCACAGAAUGCAGGCAACUCCAGAUGGACAUGGACGAAAAACUUGAAAACCAGCCUUCAACUUAAAACUUGAUCACCGAUCAAUCACUGCAACAUAAUUGAAAGCCUUAAAAUGAAAUUAUAUACAUACAUAUUUAUAUAAAUAUAUAUAUAUAUAUAGAAAUCAGAAGCAUAGUGUGUGGAUGGUGAUUAUGCAGUCAUUCACUCCUUUAGUUACUGUAAAAAAAGGAAAGUCCUAGUUUGUAUUGAGAGCAAUAUGUUUAUGUUUUCAGUCUGUGCUUGUGAAUCAAAUUCUGCAGUAAUUUCAGAAACAAAAUGAAUGAGAUUAAAAUAUUUUGUAUCUUUAUUUCUUUUUCUGAAACAUGU